UUAGUAUUUGCUCUUCUAGUCAGUGUCCAAAAUAUUCCCAAAGAGAGAGAAGAAAGAAAUACACACAACAAUUCUGUCUCUAUAAAUGCGAUUUCCAAAUUAAAGAAAUUUCCCAGAAAAAUAAUUGCAUUAUUACGAAUCAGUACGGUGUAUUAUUAUAACCACACGUCAUUUGUGCAUGCACGGAUUAAAUGAGCAAGCUUUUCAAAGAUGGCUCUAAUGGCAGCAGCUAGGACAACGGCGAGGAUCACCGGAGCGCUGACCCGCCUAACCCGCAGAUCCAUAACCCAUCGUUUUGUGGGCGGGUCAGCUGAUGGGCAUCUGCCCGACUCGUAUGGGAUUUCUGGGUCGUCGUCAUUCUCGACCACUGCUGCGGCCGUGGAGGAAUCGCCGGACAGAAUGUUCGGCUUGCUCAAAGAUUACGAGGAUUACCGGCGGGCGAUGUAUGGUGGGCUCACCCAUAAGGCCCUCCUUGUUGAUGCCGUAGGCACUCUCGUAAUUCCCUCUCAGCCCAUGGCUCAGAUAUACAGGCAAAUUGGUGAGAAAUAUGGGGUGGAGUAUUCUGAAGCUGAGAUACUGAAUAGAUACAGAAGGGCUUAUGAGCAGCCUUGGAGUAGAUCUAGGCUCAGAUAUGUUAAUGACGGGAGGCCAUUCUGGCAGCAUAUAGUCAGUUCGUCUACUGGGUGUUCUGAUUCUCAGUACUUUGAGGAGUUGUAUAACUAUUAUACUACUAACAAGGCUUGGCACCUGUGUGACCCCGAUGCAGAGAGGGUAUUCCAGGCUCUUAGAAACGCAGGGGUAAAGUUGGCUAUUGUUUCAAACUUUGACACACGCUUGAGGCCAUUGUUGCGGGAUCUGAACUGUGAUCACUGGUUUGAUGCUGUGGCUGUGUCAGCUGAAGUUGAAGCAGAGAAGCCAAAUCCAAUGAUAUUUUUAAAAGCUUGUGAACUUUUAGGAGUAAACCCCGAGGAUGCUGUGCAUGUAGGGGAUGAUCGUAGAAAUGACAUUUGGGGUGGUAGAGAUGCUGGCUGUGAUGCCUGGCUUUGGGGCAGUGAUGUACACUCCUUCAAAGAGGUUGCCCACAGAAUCGGAGUUCGAGUUUGAAAGAAUCUCUGGUCUUUUGGAAUCUGAGUAGCCACUUCCACUGUAUAAACUACAAAGGAUUCACUAUAUAUAUAUAUAUGAAUCUUAUCAGAAUCUGUUGUAUAUAUUCUCCAUGUUUUUAUGUAACGGAUUUGAGAGGCCAUGUUGGUAUGGUUGGUACUUGGUACUUGGUAGUGAUGAGUUGAACGGAAUAAAACUGUUUGCAUUUUCUGUCCCUUGCAAA